GUACAUACCUAUCGCUAGUCGGUCGAGAGACAGUCUUGGGUGCAGGUUACACCUUGAGAGAAGACAUUCUCCUGCCGUCCGUCCGAGGCCCAACAUCGGGAGGCUCCUCCACGUAAAACGGGUUAAUCGCAAGUCGACGUUCCCCGAUUCGGAUCGCGUCGCGCGUGAAAAGUUGCCGCAGCAUUCUCGAUUUUUAUUUUUUACCUUAUUCUUUUUAUCGUAAAUGUACAAGUCGGCGUCGCGAGCGAGUCUUUGUUUGAAAUUUUUAAGUAACCGGACAUACCCGAGUAAAGGAAAGUUUUCUUGAUUAAUACUCAUGUGUCCGAGGUUUGUUCGGAAAGAAUUAUCGAUAAACGAGUGAAUAAAUCAAUGGACGAAUAACUACAUAAAUUAAUCGGCACGUAACUUAGGAGGAUAUUACAUACGAGGCAAUCAUGGCACGGAUAUGUAUGACGGUGAUUGUUUUCGUUGCUGCUUUCAUGGGCGUACUUGAAGCAAUAGCCGGACGACUCGACGAUGAUUGCCCGAAUUGCGUUGACGAGCACAACGCAAGCGCGGCAGCAUCCAAAUGGACCAUGCCUCUUCUGAAGCUUGGAGAAAAGAGGUACUACUUGGGUAUUUUCUUCAAGGCAAAUUGGUACAGGGCGUCGCAAUACUGUCGAUAUCACGGAAUGCACCUCUCGAGCAUCUCGUCGCAGGAAGAAAAUGACCGAUUGGAAAAACACAUAAAGGACUAUGGUCUGGGCCACGAACACUUUUGGACUUCCGGCACCGACCAGGCUGAGGAAGGAGUCUUUUUCUGGAUGGCGAACGGCCGCCCGGUUACUUUCGAAAACUGGAACAUCGGGGAGCCAAAUAAUUUCCGGUACGAGAACGGAGAGGAAGAACAUUGCCUGGAACUUUGGAAUAGAGAUGGAAAGGGACUUAAGUGGAACGACAGCCCGUGCAGCUUUGAGACGUUCUUCGUCUGUGAAGUACAGUGAUUUGAAAUAAGUUUGCAUAGUGGACUGAGAAAUAUUUCAACAAACUCGCUACGUUCACCAAUAAUUUGAGGGUUUCAAAUCACGAGUACAAAAUACCGGCUGUGGUCAUAGUCGCUAUCCUGUCAAAGAAGUGUAGUCGUCGGUUAUACCUCAACUAAUUUCUGGUUGAUACCAAAAAUAGAGUUUCAAAAUACAUCCAUUGAAAUCAACACUCAGUGAAACAGCAAAUUGGACUGUGUAUUUACCUUACUUUAGUUAGGUAUUCGCAAAAGUAGCAAUAAUAAUAAUAAUAAUAAUAAUAACAAUAACAAUAACAACAACAACAAAAAUUAUAAUAAUGAUAAUAAUCCUUAUAGUAAUAGAAAUUAACUGGGAAUCAGAUCAAAUAUAAGUAUUUAAACCGAUGUAUCAAUCCUACAAAUUUCUAAGUACAGUUGGACAGGACAACUCACGGAUAACAUUGCGUUACAAGCCGUGCAAUCGAAUUUUUCUCGAAAUCGAUGAGUUCACUGUGCGUGUAAACUACAAGCGGUUUAUAUAUUUUGAAAACUGUCAAAUUUUAUAAAUAUUUAGUUCCCAUGUAUAAUAUAUAUUGACUUUUGCACCACUUAUUGAACAGAGCGCCGUUUUUCUCCACGAAAUAAACUUAUCUGGUCAGAAUGAAAAAACAAACAAAUAAAUAAAUAAAUAAAUGGAAUCAACAUACUUUUGUCCUAAGUUAUCCUUUCCAAAACUAUUUCAGCGAGAUAGUAGAAUUUUUACUUUGCAUUAAACGAAAUAGUUGGACUACCUAUUUUUCGCUACUUGUGUAUUAUUUUCGACUGUCAUGUUCCUAGUGCAACUGAAAAUCAUUCAGACAAGGAAUCACAGCUAAUGACGGUAUGUAGAAUGAUGUCCCGUGCAGUAUGGCACUUGGAAUUUUGAAUGUCGUUUACAGAAAGCAGAAUUGUAUGGAAUGAUUUAUCACGAAUUAGGUUAAUAUAUUUUGCAGUGCACUGAUUCCCAUCUAGAUAUUAAAACGUGUACGAACAUUUU